CAGCCCAACUCAAUCUCUAAUCCAUAACAGAAUUCCUUCCUUUCUCCUGCUUUUUUAUCAUUAAAUUUAAUAAAAAAUAUAUAAAAUCCUCCGCAACAAGCCAACUCCCAAUAAUCCUCUCCUUGAUUUCCGGCGCCCUUUUGCUUAUUCUUCCCGUCUCCCCCUUUGUUCCUUCUACUUCCGUCCAAUCUCUCUCUCGCAAAACUCUUCCUCUCGCCGUCUUUCGUCUCCCCGCGAUCGAUCACCCGCUUUCGUGUUUGGAACUCGCGAUCCUAAUCCCAGUAUCGUCAUGGCCAAAAGCUCUUUCAAGUUCGAGCAUCCUCUGGAGAGGCGCCAAGCUGAAGCUUCUCGCAUCAGGGAGAAAUACCCUGAUAGAGUUCCUGUCAUUGUGGAGAAGGCUGAAAGGAGUGAUGUCCCUGACAUUGAUAAGAAGAAGUAAGUUGAUUGACAACGGAUCAUCACUUUGAAUCCUCCUAUGGCUGUAUCCAAUGUGCUCAUUAGGGUUUCUUUGAAGGUUUAUGACCUCUUUUUGAUCUCUACAUUAGGCAGUUAGUAAUGUAUUUUAGCUAUGAGUUUCUACUAGUUAUGCUCUCGUUUAAGUUUUUGUGUUGCAUAUUGAGAAAAGUAUGAUGUUCAUGUUGAGUGAUGAAGCAAAUAGUCUUGGGCUUUUGUAUAGAAGUUUUGGUUGAUUAAGUUCUGUCGAGUUGGGGGCUUGAUCAUAAUGUUACUAUCUGUGGAUUUGCCAAAUCAGGUACCUUGUCCCAGCAGAUUUAACUGUUGGUCAGUUUGUCUAUGUUGUGCGGAAGAGGAUCAAGCUCAGUGCUGAAAAAGCCAUAUUUGUGUUUGUCAAGAACACAUUACCACCCACAGCUGCUCUGAUGUCUGCAAUCUAUGAGGAGAACAAGGACGAAGACGGCUUUCUUUACAUGACCUACAGUGGAGAGAACACCUUUGGAUGUCUUCACUAAGAUGGAGAUUAAACAAAAUGUCUCUUCUUGUCCUUGAUAUGAUGAAGAAAGCCCCUUUUGGAAGAAGAUGUAAAUUCUCAGCUCUGGAUUUGUAAAGUUUAAUGCUUUCAGACUUGACCUAAAAGUUCCAUCCUCCUACUGGAUCCGGACUUCUGCCAUAAGUCGGGCAGUAGAAUUGCUUUCAGUAUCUGUAAUCGGAUUCGAUUUAGUUGAUUAGUCUCUGUUUAGUGCAUUUCUCUUCAGUUUGGAUUUCAUCUCGUUCUCGUUCUCUUCUCUUCUCUCUCAGACUCUGCUGUGAAAGCUGAAUCUAAUGCCACCAAGAGAGAGAAUUUGCAGCAGAUCCUAGUCGGUAGUUGUUGGUAAGCUACCUUGAAUGUUUUGCAUUGUUGGUUGUUGAAAUUGCAACCGCAGUUGGCCAAAUGUGGCAAAAGAAAGGGUUCAGUCAAUUACAUGAACCGUACAGAAAAA